CUAUAAAAGCUUCCGCGGGGCCGUGCGCGCGCGGCCGGUUAAGUCCGCGGGUGGCUCGUGUCCGUCCGUUACCGGUGCUGCCGCCCCUCAGCGCCGCGUCAGCCGCCUCCGCCAACGGCCGCUUCGCUCAGGUACAUGGUAACAGCUAUGGCAUUCAACAAGAUGUGGUAUACUGUAGCCCUUGGACUUCUGCUGCCUUUCUCUUAUGCCCAUACGGACUUCUUCACUUCCAUUGGUCAUAUGACAGACUUAAUUAAUACAGAAAAAGAUCUGGUGGUGUCACUGAAAGAUUAUAUCAAGGCAGAAGAAAGCAAGCUGGAACAGAUAAAAAAAUGGGCAGAAAAAUUGGAUCAGUUGACAGAUACUGCUACAAAAGACCCGGAGGGGUUUCUGGGACAUCCUGUAAAUGCAUUCAAAUUGAUGAAACGGCUUAACACAGAAUGGGGUGAGCUGGAGAAUCUGGUUCUGAAGGACAUGUCAGACGGCUUUAUCUCCAACAUGACUAUCCAGCGGCAGUUUUUCCCAAAUGAUGAAGAUCAGACUGGCGCAGCAAAAGCCCUCUUGCGGCUUCAAGAUACAUAUAAUUUGGAUACAGAUACCCUCUCAAGAGGAAAUCUUCCAGGUGUGAAGCACAAAUCCUUUUUAACAGCUGAAGAUUGCUUUGAGCUGGGAAAGAUUGCCUACACUGAAGCUGAUUACUACCACACCGAGCUCUGGAUGGAACAAGCUUUGAAACAGUUGGAUGAAGGAGAAGUAUCUUCUGCAGAUAAAGCCUACAUUCUGGACUACCUGAGUUAUGCCGUGUAUCAGCAGGGGGAUCUGGGCAAAGCCAUGAUGCUCACCAAACGCCUUCUGGAACUGGAUCCUGAACAUCAAAGAGCAAAUGGGAACAUGAAAUAUUUUGAAUAUAUAAUGGCAAAAGAAAAGGAAGCAAAUAAGUCCAGUACAGAUUCAGAAGACCAAAUGGAGAAGGAAACUGAGGUUAAGAAAAAGGAUUACCUGCCUGAGAGAAGGAAGUACGAAAUGCUGUGCCGUGGGGAGGGUCUCAAAAUGACUCCUCGGAGACAAAAAAGACUCUUCUGCCGCUACUAUGAUGGAAACAGGAAUCCUAGAUACAUUCUGGGGCCUGUCAAACAGGAAGAUGAGUGGGACAAACCUCGAAUUGUUCGCUUCCUUGAUAUCAUCUCUGAUGAAGAGAUCGAAACUGUGAAGGAACUAGCAAAGCCAAGGCUGAGCCGUGCUACUGUUCAUGACCCUGAGACUGGGAAACUGACCACAGCCCAUUACAGAGUCUCUAAGAGUGCUUGGUUGUCUGGAUACGAAAGCCCUGUGGUAUCUCGCAUUAACACAAGGAUACAGGACCUAACAGGACUUGAUGUCUCCACAGCAGAGGAACUACAGGUGGCAAAUUAUGGAGUGGGAGGACAGUAUGAACCCCACUUUGACUUUGCACGGAAAGAUGAGCCAGAUGCUUUUAAGGAACUGGGAACAGGCAACAGAAUUGCUACUUGGUUGUUUUAUAUGAGCGAUGUGUCAGCAGGGGGAGCUACUGUCUUCCCUGAAGUUGGAGCUAGUGUGUGGCCUAAAAAGGGAACAGCUGUAUUCUGGUACAAUCUUUUUCCAAGCGGAGAAGGAGAUUACAGCACACGGCAUGCCGCCUGCCCAGUACUAGUUGGAAACAAAUGGGUAUCCAAUAAAUGGCUCCAUGAGCGGGGACAGGAAUUCCGAAGGCCGUGCACUUUAUCAGAGUUGGAAUGAUGCAGACGUGUCCUUUGGCUCUUCUGUAUUCAGUCUGUAAAAUGCACACAUCUCCUACAGUUUACAAUUGACUAACACUCCACUCCAGGUUCAGUCUUCAACUACACCGGUGUUUCAUCUGUGGACAAAACAAAUAUGUUUUUAGUUCCCUUAAAAUAGCCCCCCCCUUAAGGUUUUAUGAACAGAAUAUAUUAAGGUCUAUGAGUGGUACAAAAAGAAAAGAAAAAAAAAGAUGAAAUAGAGAUCUGUGCCCCAGCCAGUAGUGGUGUUGUAUGUGGUGUUCCCUUCACCAGCACUCCUCUGAUCAGCAUGGAAAGCCAGUGACUGUUUGCUCAGAGUCCUACUCUGUUGAUCUUCUAAGGGUGGGAUGGUUUAAUGGGAGAGCUCCUUUCUAAGGAGGGCUGAAUUAAACCAGUUUGUAUUCCUCAAUUCCCAGACAUUCAACUCCUUGCUUUUCUAGAGUGCCUGACCACUGCUGUUGAGAACUGCAGGCAUGGUUUGUGUUUAUCCAGGAACAGGUUAUUACUUUGGUUUAGCGUGGUUUUCCACUUCCACAAAAGCCCCGUUUUUUUAAGCUUUCUUCCUUCUCAGCUUCUGUGGGGAAUUUGGCAGCUGCACACACAUAGAUGAGAUGCUUCAGCAGUGAUGUCUCAAACACAUGCCUGCAUCUUCCCUCCAUUCUUCUUUAUUUUUUAUAUGUUUGUCCACAUAAAGAAAUGCUGCUUUUAUUCUGUCUUAGUAGUAAACUUUUACAUCUGUUCCUCGCGCAGUGGGGAUGGGAAUGUUACCAUCUUCAUGAAUCAAAAUAGUUGUGCCUUAGCACACUGGAAUUUUUAAUUGGUUUGAGACUUCAGGUGAUGAGGUAGGUAACACAUGGUCACCCAGAAUAGAAUACAGUGCUCUCCACACUCAUCCUCCCAUUUCUCAAGGCUUUGUGGGAAAUACAUGGCCCUAUUUAUAUUUAGAUGCUUUUUAUUCCACAAAUGUUUUUCCCACUGCAGAUGCUGAAUGCAGGCCACUGCUGUGACAUGCCUUUAGUCACAAGGCAGCUGCUUGCAUGGGAUGCCAUAGAUUGUGCCUGCUCUGGGUGGUUUGGUAUUGCUCACCUUGCAGAGACUGCCUCCACUGCAUCCACAUGAGUGUCCUCACUGGAAGAACUCACAGAGUGACUGCCAGCGACCUUAGUUUGUGAUGACUCAUCCUUACACUGAGAUGAAUUUGAAACUUCUGAGGGAGACUGGGUUGUGGCUGCUAUAGCUGUUGAACUUCUGCACAUCAGAUUCCUGUGGGAACAGUAACUGCUGUCCCCAUAUACCUCCCAGCACAGGGAGAGCUAAACAGGAUGGGUUGAGGCUUGCUUUCCUAAGCCCUUUCUCUUCAAGAGCAGGGGUUUUGGCAAAAUGUCUAAAUACUCCACUAACAUGAGGAUAAGAAGCCAAGUGAGUGGGACCAGCCAUACCUGAACAAUCAGAUUUUCUGUAUGAUGGUGGUUUUGCUGAUUUAGGGGUGAAGCCUGAAGUCUUUACCAAGGAAUAAAUUCCAGUGUCAGCUAAUUGGAUUUUCUGCCUCAAUACAAUCUUGAAAAUUGAGCCAAAAGGUAGAUGGAACCAACUGUUAGCGUGUUAGAAAUACCUCGGGAAUAUUGAGAAUGCAGUUUAAGGUACUAGAGUUUGAGAAACUGCAUACUUUGAGAAGACACUUUAAAACCUUUGCUGGAAAACACAUUGUCAGAUUUCUACUGAGCCUGUUAGGCAUGGGACCUAUGGAACUGCUUAUCCUUAGCCCUGCACCUUCUUGCAUUUCACCUGUGCUUUUGGCAGGUGUGAAACAGAGUCCAUCCAGCACUUAAGCAAACAAAUAAAAAUUAAAAUCAGAAAUAGUUCCACCUCAUGUCUGUACUUCUCUCUCAUAUUCAGAAUAGCUGGUACACCAGAGCAGUCUGAUACAAAUAGAUUCACUGAAGAAAUGGGUUAUCAGAGCGUAUUUUGAUCACUGAAUUGUAAUAAUUAAAAAAACAACCCUGUAACGUUUCUACUUUCCUGAAUUUUCUGUCUUUGACAUAGUGUCACCCCUGUUCCUGUCCAUGGUCUCUUCUUUCCCCUAUUUUUUACUUAUGCUCCAAACAAAUGUAACCACAGCUGCAGGUGAGUCUUGCCACUUUCCUGCAAGAAGAACAGUAGAGCAGGCAGCGAGGUGUUGGGAGUCUGACCUUCGGGGGCUCAUUUUCAUGCUGUAGCUCCAAAGCAUCUAUAACUGCUUUUGGAAAAGCCAGUCCUGCAAGUUAAGGAGCACAAAAAAAUCCAUGUAUUGCCACUGUGACCACAUUUAGAAAACCUCUGGUUUUGCCAUCACAUAAAAGAAUUUUUGUUUCCUUCCUAAAGUGAGCAGAGGAGUUACUUGACCAUAAAAAUAAUGAAAAGUUAAAAAUUGCAGAGUUUACCUGAGGUAAGCAAGAAAUACUACAUUGAAAGUGUCACUGUGACUGCUUUAGGUGCUACGGGAGUAGAAGAAACACUGUGGCCUCCUGGAUGUUGAGUGAAAAAAGGAAUGGUUGAACCACAAAGAAAUCACAGGUUUAUUAUAUUAAGCAGUGGGGUUUUUUCCUCCCAUCUCUCUUAAACUGGCACUAAAACCUGAAAAGCUUGAGAGAAGCUGUGCAACCUCUGGGGCAACUGAAUCAAUGGUUCCUUCCCUCACCUCAGCCAUCAGCAAGUACCUCCAGUCUUAAACAGCAUUUUAGGAAUGGUCUCUAGGAAGCAUUGCCUGGGGAGUAAAAAUGGUUUAGACUCAGAAUCAACUAGGUUGGAAAAGACCUUUAAGAUCAUCAAGUCCAACCUUCAGUGUGUCACUUUUUAAACCAUUGAACUACUCGAUAAUCUGCAGUUCUCUGGGGAAGAAAAAUUGUUGCCUUUGAUGGGGGAAACUUUCCUUGGUUUAAAAAGAAAUAAAACUCCCCCAAAACUAAAACUCCAGCCUGCUGAGGCACGUCAGGCUGAAAUGUGCCAGAUCAUUGGAAGAGAAAGGGUACACUUAAUGGUUUUAAACGAGAGACAAUCCCAUUUCCUCCUUCACUGCAGUAGUAUUCACACACUCAACACUGUGUAAGGGAUUACAGGUGGGGCUGCAGCUUUCUCCCUUACCCCUUCAUUUCUCAAAGGGCUUUUGGAUUAAGAGCAUGGCUCCUGUGUGACUCUAGUUUUGUAUUAAAGAUGACUGAAAACUGGCUCACAGUGACUGACAACUGAGAAACUGCCUUACUGUUAAAUUUUUGUGUAAUUAAAUUUUUAAUGUAAAAAAAAGGGCUUAAAAUAAAAGCCACUGCCAGUAGCAGUGAAAAAUCCUCCACA